UAGAUUAACCUUUCAAUUAGUUGUUAUCAGGUCUCCUCAGUGUCGGCGCGGGCUCUCAGCCUCCGUUUAGGGAUCAAAUGCAGCGGGAUCGAAUGGAUACGUCGCUGCGUGUUUACCCUUCGACGUUUCAAUCAUCCCGAUCAUGAAGAGGAGUAUCCAGGGGGGAAAACUUGAAGAGAUCUCUACUGGAACGUCAAUAGAUGAGGCGACAGGUCAUUUGGUAACUUGUCCAUUGUGGAAUUUAUCAGUGCCACCUUUUUGUUCCAUGUGAAACCCAAAGGAUUAAGGAGAAUGUCUGGAUGCCGGGUUGGAACAUAUCUUUUUGACCUUGUCAAAGAUGUGGAUGUACCAAAUGUUUAACAACAGAAAGAGGAAAUCUGUAUGGAUCACUUUUUGGUGAAUAUAAUUGUUCAACCAUGGUAAAACUUGCAAACCCUCUGUACACGGAGUGGAUUCUUGAAGCAAUACAGAAGAUCAAAAAGCAAAAGCAGAGGCCCUCGGAGGAGAGAAUUUGUCAUGCUGUGGCAACGUCACAUGGAUUGGACAAGAGGACCGUUCUUGAGCAGUUGGAAUUAAGUGUUCAUGAUGGCUCUAUCCUCAAAGUUACAAACAAGGGGAGUGCAUCAUACAAAGACCCAGGAACUCCGGGGAGAGUUGGAUCACUCCCACCUGCAAAUCUCUCAGUGCCAUCAAAGGGAUCUGUAUGGAAUUCAAGCGAUCUGCGCCAUAUUGAUUGGAAUAGAAUUAUAAGGAGAGCCAUUGACGGGCUGGAUGAUACCCAUGGCUCAUCGCUGAAGAACAUCGAACGGUACCUGAGGAAUCAGGGUGACCUAUCAAAUAUUGUUGAUAACCCUGCCUUCCGGCAAAGGUUACGACUGGCUGCCAAGGGGUCUGUAAACAAUGGCAGGCUGCUAAAGAAUGGUCCGCGGUACAGGCUCAACCAUGGAAAUACAGAGGGAAGGGGCUCCAGGGGUCCAAGUGCCUCCCCGCUGGUCCUGUCCUCUGUUACACUUCUCCCUCAUGAGCGAGACCAGCUCCGAGUUGACCCCAUCCCAAUAUGUAGUUUCUGUCUGGGAACGAAAGAGUCAAAUCGGGACAAGCUGCCGGAAGAGCUGCUGUCCUGUACAGACUGUGGGAGCAGUGGGCAUCCGUCAUGUCUGAAGUUUUCCCCGGAGUUAACCUCAAAUGUGAAGAGAUUAAGGUGGCAAUGUAUUGAAUGCAAAACCUGCAGCUCCUGUCGAAUACAAGGCAAAAAUGCUGAUGAGAUGCUAUUCUGCGAUUCAUGUGAUCGGGGAUUUCACAUGGAAUGUUGUGACCCACCACUUUCAAGAAUGCCAAAAGGAACCUGGAUCUGCCAAGUUUGCAGGCCAAAGGAGAAUGGGAAGAAACUACUGCACAAGAAAGCUGAUCAGAUCAAACGUCGAUACGCAAAGCCUAUUGGAAGGCCCAGAAAUAAGCUCAAACAGAGACUGACUGUAACCAGUGGUGACGGCUCCAUGGUAGCACUCGGAGGAAGGGGGUCACCUGGUAGGGGUCAAAAGAUUACCGUCUGUUCCACACCUUCAUCUGGUCAUGCUGCAUCUGUGAAGGACGCCAGAGACAGAUUGGCUGUUGCAGACCCCUGUUGGGCGGGUGAUACCACCCAAUUCACCACUUCCACCCCCACCUCCACUCCCCCCCUCACGCCCACCUCCACCCCAGCUACACUCACUGUUAACAAGAAAACCAAAGGGCUUAUCGAUGGGCUUUCUAAAUUCUUUACCCCCUCUCCCGUCGGCCGUAGGUCGCGAGCUGUAAGCGUAGAGUUGCCCGCCAAACAGUCUUGUUCUAGGGACAAGGGUCCACAGAAACUAUCAAAGCCACCGCAGUCAGUUGCCUUCAUUGCUGACACCACUCAAAAGCUAACUCCCUCCCCAUGUGCACCUCUGGCCCCUCCCACGUUGCCAGGACUUAGCCCCCCCUCACAGGUGUCCAACAGCUCAACCUCCGCUAACUCCCCCCAGAGCUCUUCCAGCCAGUCUAGUGUUCCCUCCCUGAGUAGUCUUUGCAAUAGCAGCCAACUUAAGGGACUCUUUGAUGGACUCUCACACAUUUAUGCUACUCAGGGACAAUCGCGGAAAAAGGGACUUCCUUGCUAUGUGUCACCUAAGCGCAUGCAACGUAAGCAGGAUUUGUCCUACACCACCAAAACGUGCCCUCAGCGCCUUGGUAAUAGAGAGCUUAACAAAAAUAGAUUACUGUCUCACUCUGCAUCUCCCGGGCCAGGUCGACCCAGAGGCCACCCAUUUAAAGUGGUCAGUCAUUUCAAACGUAACCCCUUUCUUAAAAAGCACAGGACACUAGGCAGGAUGAAAUAUAGAGUGAGCCCUCAGAAGGGAGCCCCCUCACCGGGAAAGGGAGACUUGACAGACGGAAGAUUUAAGCCCGAGCACGAUCAUGGCUAUGAGGGUGAGCCACGUGUGAAGCAGGAAGCUCAAGCUGGGUUUGCGGCCAUGUCCAGGGACCAUGUCAUUGAAGAGGAUGUGGAGAUGUUCGCCCGAGUCCAAGAACUCUUAGUGCAGAGAACUGGAUCUUUGAUGAACAGCGACUCGACGCGAUAUCCAGCUGUCAUCGAGUUUGGGAAGUAUGAGAUCCAAACUUGGUAUUCUUCGCCUUACCCGCCUGAAUAUUCAAGAUUGCAAAAGCUUUAUCUGUGCGAGUUCUGCCUUAAGUACAUGAGAAGUAAGAACAUUCUCCAGAGACACACGAAGAAAUGUGGCUGGUUCCACCCACCAGCCAAUGAGAUCUACAGGAAGGAUGACCUUUCUGUGUUUGAGGUUGAUGGAAAUGUCAGCAAACUGUUCUGCCAAAACCUCUGCCUGUUAGCUAAGCUUUUCCUGGAUCACAAGACCUUGUAUUAUGAUGUUGAGCCUUUCCUCUUCUACAUACUUACAAAGAACGAUGAGAAAGGCUGUCAUCUUGUGGGAUAUUUCUCCAAGGAAAAGCUUUGCCAGCAGAAGUACAAUGUCUCCUGCAUAAUGAUCAUGCCUCAGUACCAAAGGCAAGGAUUUGGAAGGUUCCUUAUUGAUUUCAGUUACCUUCUCACCAGGCAAGAAGGACAAGCCGGCUCCCCGGAGAAGCCGCUGUCAGAUCUGGGUCGCUUAUCCUACCUGGCAUAUUGGAAAAGUGUCAUACUGGAGUACCUUUAUAAGCACCCAGAUAAACACAUCAGCGUUAAAGGAAUAAGCAGGGCCACUGGGAUGUGUCCGCAUGACAUCGCUGCUACUCUCCAGCAGCUCGGCAUGAUUGACAGACGGGAUGGCAGGAUCGUGGUUAUAAGAAGAGAGCAAUUGAUCCAGAGGCACAUGGAAAGGCUAAGGACCAGCCCACGUCUGAUCGAAGUGGACCCAGAUGCCCUCCACUGGACACCCAUCAUGACCCUCAACGCUGUCCUCUCUGAGGAGGAGAGGGAGGCUGAGAUGGAUGCUGAGCGGCUGAGGGAGCAGGCCAGUUGUUGGGAGAAGGAGGAGAGAGAGGGCUACAUGAUGACUCACGGUAGCAGACAUCCUUCCUCUAAGGUCCACUGUAAGCUACCUUACAGGACCUAUGAGCGCCGGGCUGCACCCUCCUGGGACAGGAGUGUUCAGGAAUCCGAGGACGGGUCUGAGGAAGACGACGAAGACGACGAUGAUGACGACGACUCCUCUGAUGGCUCACCGCCCAUCCUGACUAAAGCCCAUGCAAUGCUCGCAGCCAAGAGAAAGAGAACCAUUGUGCUGAAGAAGAGAGUGCAUAAGAGGAGAAGAAUAAACAGUAGUGUAACAACAGAAACUAUCUCAGAGACAACAGAGGUCCUGAACGAGCCUUUCGAUAACUCUGAGGACGAGCGGCCCAUGCCCCUGCUGGAGCGCACCUGCAGAGUGGGUGAAGUGGAGGAGGAGGAGGAAGAGGAGGAGGACAGGAAACCAAUCAUACCAGUGAAACGCCGGAGGGGUCGCCCAAGGCUGGAGAAAAAUCUGCAGACGGACAAUCUUGAACACUGGAAUGAAGCCAAUUUCCUCUCGACGAGACCUGGCAGACUGCGACCAGUGAAGCGAAAGAAGGGCUGGCCCAAAGGAGUCAAACGGGGCCCCCCUAAGUGGAGGCUAAAGAAUGAACGGAAGAUAGGCUUCAAGCUCAACCUCUACACUCCACCUGAGACGCCUUUAGAAGCUGAGCAGCACCAAAUCCAGACCGAGGAGCCAAAGAGGAAGCCAGACCAGGACUCUGUCAUCACAGUUGAGGGUAAUAAGCCGAGCGGCGACAUAGCAAGUCUGGAUCCAGUGCUUGACAGCCUUCCCUCCGAACCUCAAAGUCCUGUAGAUAACAGCUCCCCUGAAGGCUCCCCCAAGGCUUCUCCUGCGUGUUCUCCUGUUGACUCUCCUGCUGCCAUGUCCCCUAGGCAUGAGGAUGGACAUGGGUCCCCAGAGCCACAUGAGGAUGACUUGCAGGAGAGCGAACAUGAGCCGAACUCCCCAAUCAAAGACUUGGAACAUACCACAGAGGGAGUCAUAUUGCAUGAGAAUGACUUUGAGGAAGAGGACGAGGAGGAGGGAGAGAAUGUAUCACAGAUUGAAGAUCAGGAUGCGGACGAUGAGGAUGACAGUAACACCCAAACAGCAGAGCUGGAGAAAAGCAAGGCAGAUCUGGAGCCAAGUCUUCAAGAGCUACCUGAGUGCUCUCAGACUUUUUUAGAUCCAAAAGAAGACAAUGACUCUGAACUGAGUCAGCAGGUUUCUACAGUACGCUGUAGUGAAGAGCCAACAGCAAGUGCUGCAGAGAGCAUCCAGGAUGCAAUUACAGAAACGGCAGUAGCAAUAGCAGCAGUAGUAGCAGUUGCAUCAGUAGCAGCCAUAGACUCUGAUAACCCUGUGGAAUCAGAGUCAGAGGAGGAGAGUGCUCCAAGUCCCUGUCCCAGUCAUCUUCCACCCCAGCCCCAGCCAAUAGAGAGGCCAGCACUUAGUCCUGUGCUGAGGACAGAUCCUCCAGUUUGCCCAGAGAUUGAUUCUGAGACAGCCCAGGCUGUCCAGUCACUAACGCAGGAGACUGAGCGGGACAGUGUGUUCCAGGACUGUGUGGAAACCCAGGAGGCCUGCAGGAGCCUCCAGACAUACACCCAUGUUGCCCAGAGCCCCCAGCUCACUUCCCUGGAUGACUGCCCGCAGUCUGACCAUAGCAGCCCCCUUUCCUCGGUCCACUCCCAUCCAAGCCAGUCGGUGCGAUCUGUUAACAGCCCAGCUGUUUCCAUCCUAGAGAGUGGCUACACCCAGAUCAGCCCAGACCACGGUGCCAUUUCUGUGCCCUCACUCCAUAACAUGGAGACCAGCCCUAUGAUGGAUGUGCCAUCGGUGUCAGACCACUCACAGCAGGUGGUAGACAGCGGCUUCAGCGACUUGGGCAGCAUAGAGAGCACCACAGAAAAUUAUGAGAAUCCCAGCAGCUAUGAUUCCACCAUGGGGGGCAGCAUCUGUGGGGCAGGCCCCUCCCAGAACAGCUGCUCCUAUGGCAGCAUCCCCCCCAGCGGUCUGGCCCAGAGUAGCUGUGCUGUGAGCCAGCAAAUGGCUGCUGUCACUGCAGGUAGCUGUGGUAUGAUUCAGCAGAACAGCUUGAGUUCACCACAGCACUGCAACGUUAAGUCACCCCAGGGAUGCGUAGUGGUAGAGAGGCCCCCCAGCAAUAGCCAGCACAGCCAACACAACCCCCACAGCAGGCACGGCCCACACAAUCAGCAUAGCCAACACAAUCAGCACGUCCCACACAAUCAGCUUAGCCAGCACAGUCAACACAAUCCCCACAACCAGCAUAGUCACCACCACAAUCAUCAUCUCCAGCACAAUCAGCACACUCAGCAUAGCCUUCACAAUCAACACAGUCAACACAACCAGCAGCAGCCUAUGGCGCAGUGUGCCAUGCCUACCAACUUUGCCAGCCCCAUGCAGCUGGCAGAAAUUCCUGAAUCUGGCAAGCCAAACCUCGCCAUCUAUGAAAGGAUGAACCACCAAGGGGAGUAUGGCAGUGGGCACUACUCUCACUCUCAGCCCUCGGCAACUUUCAGUCUGGCCAAACUGCAGCAGCUCACCAACACACUCAUGGAACACCCUCACUCGCUGCCUUUCAACCACUCGGCCUCGCACCCCAUCACAUCCUAUGCAAACAGUCCUUCCCUGCCAUCACAGCACUCCAGCCUGGUAUCCCUGUCCCAGUCCCCGCACAGGGUCCCCAACUCCCAGGUGCAGGCCACCAUGACCCCUCCCCCCAACCUCAGCUCCCCGCCUCCCAUGAUGCUGCAGCGCAACAUGGGCAUCCCAUCCUCCCAAAGGAUCCAGACUCAGAUGGCCUCCAAGAGCCACAUCUCAAUGCGCUCCAAGUCAACCCCGCUGUCCCACCACCAGCAACAGAUGUAUGCCCGGCCACCCCAAACUGUGGCCAUGCAGGCGCCUUCCAGGACGCUGGCAGCCAUGCCACGCAUGAACAUGAGCGUUAAUAUCAUGCCGGCACCGGCCUACAAUGUUAACUCCAUGAACAUGCCCUCUCUCAAUGCCAUGAAUGGCUACAGCAUGAGCCAGCCCAUGAUGAACAGUGGCUACCAUGGCAACCAUGCCUACAUGAACCAGUCGCCCCAGUACUCUAUGCAGAUGGGCAUGAUGGGAACGCAGCCAUACCCCCAGCAGCCCAUGCAGGCUCCACCACAUGGCAACAUGGUGUACACACCAGCUGGUCACCAUGGUUACAUGAACACAGGCAUGUCCAAGCAGUCCCUCAAAGGGCCUUUCAUCAGGCGGUAACUCCAUCGGACCAGGCUGGUUUUUCAUAUGUGUAUUUCACCAGUUUGAAAUGCACACUCCUGGCCUUUUUUUUUUUUUUGGCCUUUUUUUUUUUUUAAUUACCUAAAAACCAGCAACACUUGGAAAGAAUGCAAAAACUUUCAUCAACGAGUAAACAAAUUUUUUUUUUCCUCCAAAUGGGAAGCCUUACUUCAUUUCAUGAAGAUGAAAAUCUAUUUAAUUCGUGUUAGUGUCUCUGUCUCUUUAGAGCAAGGGGGUUCAGCGCUCGAAGGUAGAGAUCAGCAGUGGUAUUGCAGUUUUGUAGCAGCCUCAAAUGAAGCCAUUUCCUGUGCCUGCUACGAGCGGAGUGAGUGGCUAUUAAAACCUGUUCAGUGUAGCUGUCUGACAGUGCUGACAGUGUGUUUGUACUAUACUCAUGCCUUUGUAUAUUUAAAUUAUUGUACUUAUUUUGUAAAGUGACAGUUAGCAUGCUUCAGUCUCUGUUAGUGACAGUGCAUUGAGUAGUACUGUACAAGUGUUGUGCUUAAUAGCAAGCCAUUUUAAAGAUAUCUGGCCUUUAUUAGGUUUCCCUCCACAGGGACGAAGAUGAAAUUAUAUUUUGUUAAUUCUAAUGUAAAAAAUGUAAACUUAGCCCUGUUUUUCUUUUCUGUUGGAGAGGUUUUAUUGCUCUGUAUGUAUAAUUCUGAAGUCUUUUGUAACAGAUCUCCUCGAGGCAGCUUUCUGUUUUAUAAAGCAGACUGAUUUCUGUCAAAGUAACAAAGCAUAUCUCAGUGUUUGUACCCUGACAAUUCUAAAACAUUUCAAAGUGUCCAAGAAGUGUGGCAGAAUUUUAAAACAGCUAAAUGAUUAUAAUGAUGAAUAAUAAGAAAAUAUAAAUUUAGUCCAAAGUUGAUAUUUUACAUAAUGCCUUUAAAGUUACAUUUUCAUUCCAUCUGUAGAUUUGUUUUCUAUCUUUAUAAAAUGUUGGAUUUAUAUUUUACCGAAGUGUAGAAGAGUAGAGCCUGUGAAUAGACCAAACUAAGCUAAUGGAUUGCAUGUAAAACGCAACUUGUACUUGUGGUUUUGUUUAUAUUGCUCUUUUGUAGCCUUUGUACCUGUACAGAGUUGCUGGUUGGAUUCUGGGCGGGGCGGGGUGGGGUACCUGGCUAUGUGCACAAAAAUUGGACAGAAUGACAUUCUUGUAUUUAUGACUUUUUCUCCUUUUGUCAGUCACUUAAAAUGCUGUACAUUUUAGCAUAAGAAUAAAUUAUGAUUGACCAUGUACACAAUCCCGCUCUUCUGAUUCAGAACAUUGGCCGGUUUUACCCGUGGGUUGCACAGCAGUCAGAGGUAAAUGGCAAAACGUUGUGUGCUCCGUUACCAAGACAUAUUUUGAAUCUGCAGUAAUGUAAGCAGUUUUUUUUUCUGCCUCAGAAAAGUAUUUCAGAGUAAUAAAGGAAACCUCCACUUUACUUAUGA